AUGCUGCUUGGCGGUGCUGAAGCCGAGGCGGUGCUGAAGCAUGGCGCGGGCCGCCACAGCCCCUGUGAGGCCAUCCUCGAGGUUACUGGAGCGAGGAGCUCGAGGUGUACAUGGAGGUGGAGCCAGAGCUGGACGGCACAAUGGGAUCCAGUGUCGGGCACCACAUGGCACCACCUUGGCUUCUGCCCAGAUUGUGCCGCAAGUGUCGGCGAGCUGGGGGAUGAGCCACAAGAAGAGGUGGUUGCGCCAAGGCUGUCUUUGUGGUGUGGUUCUAUGCACAGAUAUGGUGCGUGGCUGGUUUCGAUGCGCAGCUUUGGGGUUUAUACUCGUCGAGCAUAG